AUCUUCCAUGAAAAUAGGCGGGGUUUGAGUUUUGGAAAAUUCAGAGAAUAGCGUAACAGUAAGUCUUGUGGGAGAUUUUUGCUAAAUAACGUUCUGUUUCAGAGUUGGAAAUCGUCUUUCAAGUGUGAUGCUGUAAAGCCCGAGGGGGGUGUUAAGAGUGGUUUAAAGCCUAACCCUUGCCUUCAUUCUGCACUGAGAAGACUUUGUAGCCGCACACGGAUGAUCUGUUGUCCUCUGUCCGCUAGAGGAAAGCAGAAACUUUUGAAGGCACUGCGUCUGAUACUGCUGAUCGUGUGCGAGUGAACGGUGGGAUGAAACUCGUCCUUUUUUAUUCAUUUCCCGCAUGCAUACGGAGUCGUAUGUGGACACGCUCUUUCUAGGAACCCGAAGGCAUCUCCAACUAAUAAUGCGGCGAGAUUAACGCUCUUCAGGAGACGAUAACCAUUUUAGUGACUGCUUUCCAUUCCAGCAUACUCAUCAUCCUUGGAUAUCUGUAGACGAAGGAUCUUUUGUUCUGCUGUUUUUUGCUGUAAAAGGACUUGUAUCAUUCACACCGAUAUGACGUCUCCAGCUAAAUUCCGAAAGGACAAGGAGAUUAUUGCCGAAUAUGAAACGCACGUUAAAGAGAUUCGAGCUCAGCUGGUGGAGCAGCUCAAGUGUUUGGACCAGCAAUGUGAGCUCCGGGUGCAGCUCUUGCAGGACCUGCAGGACUUCUUCCGCAAGAAGGCCGAAAUCGAGAUGGACUACUCGCGCAACCUCGAGAAGUUGGCUGAGAGGUUCUUGGCUAAGACACGCUACACGAAAGACCCUCAAUACAAGAAAGAGCAGAAUAUCUUGUCUCCGGUCAACUGCUGGAACCUUCUGUUGGCUCAGGUGAAGAGAGAGAGUCGAGACCACGCCACUCUGAGCGAUCUCUACCUCAAUAACAUCAUACCCCGCUUUGCCCAGAUCAGCGAGGACUCGGGACGCCUCUUCAAGAAGAGUAAAGAGGUGGGCCUCCAGCUGCAAGAGGAUAUGAUGAAGGUCCUCAAUGAGCUGUACACAGUGAUGAAGACCUAUCACAUGUAUAACAUGGACAGCAUCAACGCUGAGAGCAAGCUUAAGGAGGCAGAGAAACAGGAAGAGAAGCAAAUGAGCCGCAGCGUCAGACACGAGGACAGACAGACACCGCGCUCGCCUGACUCCCUCACCAACCUCAAGAUCGAGGAGAAACACGUGCGCCGCAGCUCUGUCAAGAAGAUCGAGAAGAUGAAAGAGAAGCGUCAAGCGAAGUAUACCGAGAACAAGCUGAAAGCCAUCAAGGCCAGGAAUGAGUACCUUCUGGCUCUGGAGGCCACCAACAGCUGCGUCUUCAAAUACUACAUCCACGAUUUGUCAGACCUCAUAGAUUGCUGUGACCUGGGAUACCAUGCCAGCUUAAGCCGUGCACUGCGUACCUACCUCUCAGCCGAGUUUAAUGUGGAGACUUCCAAGCAUUGCGGUCUCGAGACCAUUGAAAAUGCCGCAGAGAACCUGGAGGCCAACGCUGACAAACAGAAGCUCAUGGAGACCUACAACAACGUCUUCUGCCCUCCAAUGCGCUUCGAUUUCCAGUCUCACAUGGGAGAUAUGGAGGGACACAUGUGUGCCCAGCAGCCCGUGCAGGUAGAGCUGAUCCAGAGAUGCCAGCAGCUUCAGUCCAGAUUGUCCACACUCACGAUAGAGAAUGAAGAGGUGAAGAAGACAAUGGAGGCCACUCUCCAAACCAUCCAGGACAUGGUGACCAUUGAGGACUUUGAUGUGACCGACUGCUUCCACCACAGCAACUCCAUGGAGUCGGUCAAGUCCACCGUGUCGGAAUCUUUCAUGAGCAAACCCAGCAUCGCCAAGAGACGGGCCAACCAGCAGGAGACCGAACAGUUCUACUUCACGAAACUGAAGGAGUUUCUCGAGGGCAGGAACCUCAUCACCAAGCUACAGGCUAAACAUGAUCUGAUACAGAAGACUCUGGGAGAAAGUCAGAAGACCGACUACUGCCUUGCCAGCGGUCGCAGGGACUCUACAUUGCGGAAACAGGAGCCCAGCCAAAUCAUUCCCCUCAUGGUGGAGAGCUGUAUACGCUUCAUCAGUCGACAUGGUCUCCAUCACGAGGGUAUAUUCAGGGUGUCUGGCUCCCAGGUGGAAGUCAAUGACAUAAAGAACGCCUUUGAGAGAGGAGAAGAUCCGCUGGCUGGGGAUCAGAACGACCACGAAAUGGACUCUAUUGCUGGAGUUUUAAAGCUCUAUUUCAGAGGCCUGGAGCACGCCCUCUUUCCAAAGGAAGUCUUCCAUGAUCUCAUGUCCUGUGUCUCCAUGGAGAACCUCCAGGACAGAGCUGUCCACAUCCGUAAAGUCCUGCUGUCGCUACCCAGCAACACCCUGGUCAUCAUGAGAUACUUGUUUGCUUUCCUCAAGCAUCUAUCGCAGUACAGUGAAGACAACAUGAUGGACCCCUACAACCUGGCCAUCUGCUUCGGCCCCACACUCAUGUCUGUACCCGAGGGCCACGAUCAGGUCUCCUGCCAGGCACAUGUGAACGAGCUCAUCAAAACCAUCAUUAUCCAUCAUGAUAGUAUCUUUCCUGGGCCUCGUGAGCUGGAGGGGCCCAUCUAUGACCGCGGAGGAGUCGCCGAAGAAUACUGCGAUAUUCCACACAUUGAGCCCCCUCUAGUGGAUGAGCCAGCACCUGACACACCCUCUGAAAUACACAACAGUGAUGAAGUAAAGUCAAGGACCUUAAACGUUUCAGAGUCCGAGCCCAUCGAGGCCAUCGCACGUUUCGACUACUCUGGACGCACCAACCGUGAGCUCUCCUUUAAGAAAGGGGCGUCUCUGUUGCUGUACCACAGAGCCUCUGAUGACUGGUGGCAGGGUCGCCACAACGGUACCGACGGACUGGUGGCGCACCAGUACAUUGUGCUGCAGGACAUGCCGGAUGGGUUUGCAGGCAGAGGAAGUCCCAAAGCUGAUCUAGAGUCAUCCCAUGAUUCCAUGGAAGAAAAGGUGUCAACCAGGACCAGCGCCAGUUCGCCCACUGUAGGCCAUGUAGCUGAUAUCUACCUGGCCAACCUCAACAAGCUGAGGAAACGUCCUGAAGCAACCAGCGUCCGUAGAACCUUCCGGACAUCGGACGGGCAGGGAGAGGGCUCUUCUGGAGCAGCUGGGGGUUUAAAGACCACCCCCAUGUCUGCAGGAGGACUGUCAAAGGAGGGAACAGACAAGCGACCGGUCAGCGCUCACAGCGUCCUGAACUCCAUCACCCGACACGCCUCUCUGAAGACUAAAGUGGAAGGGCCUCAGCUCCGGAAAACCGCACCUGCAGGAAGAUCCAAGAGUUUUAGCAACCACAGACCAACCAUGGAUCCGGAGAUUAUCGCUCAGGUGGAGCACAGCUCACAGGACAUUGAGGACACUAUGACCACGGCGAUAAGUGAGCUGCGAGAGCUGGAAAGGCAGAGCAGCGUCAAACACGCCCCUGACAUCGUGCUGGACACUCUGGAGCAGCUGAAGAGUGGUGGUGCGUCUGAGCCGUCUAGCCCGCUCCACUCUCGCCUGCUCCGUGAGUCCGACUCCUCCCAGCAUCCCCUACAGCGCAGCGCCAGCUCGGUCAGCGACAUGCCCUCCACCUUUCGGCCCAGCAGGAGCAGCGGAUCCAAGAGCCCUCUGUCCUCCAUGUCAGCCACGGGUCUCUCUGCUUCCGGAUCCACCUUUAGAGAGAGCAAGCCUCCUGCCACCAGACCCAAACCUGUGGUCUUCCCGAAGAGCGGAUCUGCAGGGGGCAGUCCGGCGAUGGGCUCCCCGACCACCACCGUACCCCCGACCCCUCCGCCUCCUCUACCACCCACUGACAAAUCCUGCCCCGUCUGAAGGUUUUACAACCUCCCCAUAUAUGUCUAUUAAUUCCAAGAACAAAACGAAAUGAUUUCGAUGUUUCUGGAUCUUAAUGGACAUCUGCAUACGGACUGCUUGCGUGAGUGGCCAACACAGAGUGUGUAUGUGGAACUGAUAUACACAUGUGGAAAUAUUGGAGUGAUUUUACAGCACUGUUUUAGUUUGGAUUUGAACAAGGACUUCACCAAUAACGUCUCUAAUCCCGAUUUAGUGAUUUGGGGUUUUCCCCGUAUGUGUAGACUGAUUUUAUUCUAACUCUAAGUAUGAGUGAGCUCUGGACAUUCUUUUCUUUCCAUAGAAAUACUAUAAGGACUCUUUUUCCCCUCAGAAUCAUGGCGGGUCUGUUGAGGCCUGCACAAAAAAAAACAGUUUUUACCAGUUGCACUCCUGUUCUGUCGCUCUGGAAUUUCUUUACUGUUUGUCAACUACAUCUAACCUAACCAGAAAUGGUUAAACCUUUGUCUAUACUAUGUAGAACAACAAUAAUGUUGUACAACCUGUCACACAAUACUUACAGUUCAUUGAUCACAGUAAUGCACUAAAAUUCAUUGGCAUCAUCUGAAACGCAGGGUCUUCGGGUACAUUAGUUGCCAAGUAAUGUAUAUUUGUUGUAGCCUGUCUUUCUUUUUACAAGGCGGGAAACUAACACAAUAAUGUAACAGAACAUCUUUGCAUGAGAAUAGUUAGCCAGAACCUACAAACCAGCCUCGACUUUAAAAGAAUAUUUGCAUGGCAACAAACGAAUGCCUUCCCUGGCGAACCGAUUCAUUUCCCUAUCAAUCAACAGCACUUCUAAAAUUCUUCUGAAAAGCCUAACAUGUGUACGUAUUGUAUUAUUAUAUCAGUGGUCACAUAACUGUGAUGAAAUGCAGUGUUGUUUUGUAUACGUUAACUAAUCAUGAUUAUAACUGGAAAAAAAUAUCUAAAAUGAGGAAUGUCCUGUUACACACACAAGCACAACACUGUUUCUUCAUUGCUCACAUAUAAAGAAUAAAAAAGUGAAAAAACAAUUUUAA